CGCUGAGCCCGCACCCGGCAGGCCUGACAGGUAACUAAAUGCCCUCGGUGGUGCUGCCUGCUCUGUUGGCAUGCUUGGAUGCACAGCAGCUCUUCCAGUAGCUUCUUUUCGUCUGCCUGGCUGCAGGAAGAUGGCAAAAGCAAACAUUACCAGAGACAUCAUCCACAGACAGAUCAAGGAGAGGGGAGCGCUGGGCUUCGAGCGGCACUACCACGUCACAGAUCCCUUCAUCCGCCGCCUGGGGCUGGAGGCAGAGCUGCAGGGUCACUCUGGGUGUGUCAACUGUCUCGAAUGGAAUGAAAAAGGAGACUUGCUGGCCUCUGGCUCUGAUGACCAGCACACCAUUGUCUGGGACCCUCUGCACCACAAGAAACUGCUCUCCAUGCACACAGGACACACUGCAAACAUCUUUUCUGUCAAGUUCCUGCCACACUCAGGGGAUCGGAUCCUGAUCACUGGAGCUGCAGACUCCAAGGUGCAUGUUCAUGACCUGACAGUGAAGGAGACCAUCCACAUGUUUGGGGAUCACACCAACAGGGUGAAGAGAAUCGCCACGGCCCCCAUGUGGCCCAACACCUUCUGGAGUGCAGCCGAGGAUGGGCUCAUAAGGCAGUACGACCUGCGGGAGAGCAGCAAACGCUCCGAGGUGCUGAUCGACCUCACCGAGUACUGCGGGCAGCUGGUGGAGGCCAAGUGCCUGACAGUCAACCCCCAGGACAACAACUCCCUGGCGGUGGGGGCCAGCGGCCCCUUUGUGCGGCUCUACGACAUCCGCAUGAUCCACAACCACAGGAAAAGCAUGAAGCAGAGCCCCUCAGCUGGGGUGCACACCUUCUGUGACCGGCAGAAACCUCUCCCAGAUGGGGCAGCCCAGUACUACGUGGCAGGGCACCUGCCUGUCAAGCUGCCAGACUACAACAACCGCCUGCGGGUCCUGGUGGCCACCUACGUCACCUUCAGCCCUGAUGGCACCGAGCUGCUGGUCAACAUGGGAGGGGAGCAGGUCUAUUUGUUUGACCUGACCUACAAGCAGCGCCCAUACACCUUUCUGCUGCCCAAGAAGUGCCAUGCUGCAGGGGAAGUGCAGAAUGGGAAGACCUCCACCAACGGCAUCCACCUGCACAGCAACGGCUUCCGCCUGCCUGAGGGCAGGGCCCACGCCAGCCCCCAGGUGGAGUUGCCUCCCUCCCUGGAGCGGCUGAAGCAGCAGGCCAACGAGGCCUUUGCCUGCCAGCUGUGGACCCAGGCCAUCCAGCUGUACAGCAAGGCAGUGCAGAAGGCGCCCAACAACGCCAUGCUCUACGGCAACAGAGCUGCUGCCUACAUGAAGCGCAAGUGGGAUGGGGACCAUUACGAUGCUCUAAGAGACUGCUUGAAGGCCAUAUCCCUGAAUCCAUGCCACCUGAAGGCACACUUCCGCCUGGCCCGCUGCCUCUUUGAGCUCAAGUACGUGGCAGAAGCCCUGGAGUGUCUGGAUGACUUCAAGGGGAGGUUUCCAGAGCAAGCCCACAGCAGUGCCUGCGACGCCCUGGACAGGGACAUCAACGCAGCUCUCUUCUCCAAGAGCGAUAAUGCUGAAGACAAGAAAGGGGGAGGCCCCAUCCGGCUGCGAGCCACAGGCCGCAAGGACUCCAUCUCUGAGGACGAGAUGGUGCUGAGGGAGCGCAGCUAUGACUACAAGUUCCGCUACUGUGGCCACUGCAACACCACCACGGACAUCAAAGAGGCCAAUUUCUUUGGCAGCAAUGCUCAGUACAUAGUCAGUGGCUCGGACGAUGGCUCCUUCUUCAUCUGGGAGAAAGAAACCACCAACCUUGUCAGGGUGCUGCAGGGAGAUGAGUCCAUUGUGAACUGCCUCCAGCCUCAUCCCAGUUACUGCUUCCUGGCCACCAGUGGCAUCGACCCAGUGGUGCGGCUGUGGAACCCCAGGCCGGAGAGUGAGACCCUGAAUGGCCGCGUGGUGGUGGACAUGGAGGGGGCGUCGCAGGCCAACCAGCGGCGGAUGAACGCAGACCCCCUGGAGGUGAUGCUGCUGAACAUGGGGUACAGGAUCACAGGGCUGACCAGCGGCGGGACUGGGGGCUCGGACGAUGAGGACAGCUCAGAGGGGCAAGUCCAGUGCCGGCCCAGCUAAGGCAGAGCUGCCUCUCCUCUCGGCGUUUGGCCCGAAGGGAACUGAGUUUCCUUGGCCCUGGACUGUCUGCACUGCCCCCACUGUGCCCAGGGCAGGACGAGCUGGCAGGGGCAAGAGCAGCUGGCUCCAGACCCUCAUCGCCUCCUCCUGCUCCUGUUGUGCAGCACCGCAGCGCAGUGCAGGGUUUGCCUUUAGUGGAAUUUAGUCCCCACAGGGGUCUUUGAGUUGUCUGUAAGCAGUGUGAGCUGGUGAGUCUUCUUCUUUCUUUUUUUUUCCAAUGAUGAUUUUUUCCCCCCAGAGCUGCUGUGUGGUCUGGUGCAGGGGGCUGCUGCCUGCAUUUGGAGAGGGGAUGUUCAGUUCCUGAAUAAAACACAAACCUAGGGGCAGGGCUGAUGGAAUGAAUUUACUGCAGUGCCCUUAGUCCUGAAAGCUUGACUCUACUUUUGUGCUGCCAUCCUGUCUGGAGGCCCCUGCUUUAGGGUGGUUGGCUAUGGAGCACCAGGUUUGUCCCAGAGCAGCUUUCUCCUGGCCUUGCUGCCAGCUGUAGGUGUACUGUGUGAGGGGCUGCAUGCUGCCUGCCUUGUCCCUGGGCAUCUGAGUUGAUAAAUUGGUGAAGGCGCUAGGUGUGUGCAGCUCACCAGGGCAGGAGGUGCUUGCCCAGCAAACCACAUUCUGCUGUGGUCUGGGAGCUCGCAGAGAAAGGUGGCAGCAGUGGCCCAGGUUUGCUCAGAGGCUGAGGGCUGGGGCAGCUGAAGCUGCUGAGGACAG